AUGGACCCCAGACAAUCACUGUCACGGACAACGUCGUCCAACGUUGGAACGCCUCAAAACGCCUACAAUCCCAACAACAUGGCCUCUGCAUAUGCCAUGCCUCCCUACCAGAGCAACACCCACCUUCCACCCAUCAACUACUCUCAGCUGCCCCCCGCGAAUCAGAGCUACAUGCAGCAGCAAUACCGCAACGAUGUGCCGCGCUACACUUCUGCCCCCAACACUGCGCCAGUUGCUUCCCCUGCUCCAGACAAUAGGUACAAUUCCCACUUGAACCCACAAGGCACCAUGGGUGGGCUUCCCCCGUCUUCGGUUCUGCCGCAACCCCAAUCUCAGCAGCAGCAGCAGCAACAGCCGCCACCUCAUCAAGGUUACCAGGGACAGCAACCGACGCGUCAAACUUACCCCCAGCCUCUUGCUCCUGCACCGCCUCGCCCCAAUCUCGAUUCCCUGGGCCCUGCUUACGGCCAACCCGACAAUCGUCAACAGGCGUGGUCCGGCGCUGAGUCGAUACCCGGCAUGGGUGCGGAUGUUGGUCGAGACCCUACAAGAACACACGUGGUGGGAUCACAAGGAAGAAGAGGCAUUUUGCCCAGUGCCCCAGGUCGUCCUCCUGUCAUGCCAAACGGGGUUAACGGCUCCCCGAAGAGUGCUGUUCCCCAGAAGGAUGCCGACGGCAAAUUCCCUUGCCCCAAUUGCACUAAGACUUAUCUCCAUGCAAAACAUUUGAAGCGGCACAUGUUGAGACAUACCGGUGACCGGCCAUACAUGUGUGUUCUGUGCAAUGAUACGUUCUCCAGGAGUGAUAUCCUGAAGCGUCACUUUCAGAAAUGUUCGGUCCGGCGUGGAAAUCCCACAGGAGCGAGUCAUUUGUCCAACCCGGCCGCCCACAUCAAAAAGUCCCAGCAGGCUGCUGCUAAGGCGGCCACAGCGUCACCAGCCAGCGCAAACACGCCCUCCAGUGCAGUCAUGACCAACCCUCCAUUCACUUCCGCCCCCAUGGGCAGCACCUCCGCGCCUACGACCAGCGCACCCGCACCCGGAAUGGGCUAUGCCAUGCAACCUAACGGCCAGGCCGACAUGCAACGCCAAGCGCAGUCAAUGCAACCAGGUUCGGGUCCGGGGGGCAUGGAUCCCAAUGCUAACAGCUCCUGGUCGAUGCACAAUCCAAGAAACAGUCAAAUGAUGUACCACUCGACUUCGACUCCUCCAGACCACUAUGGCAUGCAGCCAGGAGGGGGGGAUGAUAAGCGCAAUGUCAUGCCCCAACCUCACCACAUGGGGGAUGAGUGGAACCACAUGUUUCAGCCUGGCGGCAACGAAGGGUACAUGAACCCCAUGUUUGGAGGUUAUGACCAAUCCCAGAAUGAUGUAAAGAAAGAGUUUGAGACUCAUGAAGGUGGAUCGAAUGGCUACUACAUUCCCUCUACGAGCCUUGGAGCUGAUGGUACGCUUGGACCCCCUCUCUGGAAUCUGCAUGCAUCUCAGCAAGACUUGUUCCAAACCAAGGUGAACUCUCUGUUAACGUUUGUUUUCCCUGGUGGAAUACAGGAAUCGCUCCAAGAGCAACAAAAUAAUCUCAACAUUCAAUCUUGCCUGACCGUCGAAGCCAUCCAACAUUUCCUCAAUCUCUUCCCAAACUACCAAGGUCAUUUCCCUUGGCUCCAUCUACCGACCUUCAACCUCUUGACUGCCUAUGACGGCCUCAUCCUUGUGAUCAUCUGUAGUGGGGCGGUGUACUCUGACCGUGUUUCUCAAAGUCAGGUGCGAGCUCUAAUGCAACUAGUGAAGCGCGCCAUCGAACGAAAUUCGCAAAUCCUCAAAGUCCUGGAACUGGGAUCUGCACGGACACCAUUUCCCCCAUCAGCAGUGGAGUUUGAAGAGCUUCUCGCCCUUUCAAUUUUACAGUCCUUGUUUGUCUGGCAUGGAGGUCCGGAUGAGCGAGCCCAGGCGCGUGCGGAAAGUCGAAGAGUGUUGUACUUGGUCCGUCAUUUCAAUAUGUUGACAUUGGCUGGCCCGGACGAUCCCUUCUCAUACAGCUAUCUUCACAACCUUCAACCAGGCGAGGAGGCCGAUCCAUCUUUGUGGGAAUGGCGCUCAUGGGUGGAACAAGAAAAACGAUCUAGACUGAUGUUCAUGGUGUAUCUUUGGGACGCAGCCCUGUGUAUCUACUUCAAUAUGGCGCCUCAGUUUUCGUCGGCCGAGAUCAAAUUACCACUUCCUUGUGAUGAUGCGGCCUGGGAAGCUCCAGAUGCGGAGACUUGCGCCCAAGCACUGGGGCUUCGAGGUCCGGCUGCCCAAUCCCGGAUCAACACCAGCGGCUCACUCCGACUCAAACAACUGGAGAUGCACCAUGCAAUGAGCGCUUUACAUAGUACGUCAGUACUCAUGCAACCACAGACCACCAACGUCUACUCCAAGUUCAUCCUAAUUCAUGCACUCCACGUGGAAAUAUGGCAACUUCAACGUCAAAGAUCGUUGGCCGGUCCAUCCGCUUCUUUUCAAGGUACCGGUCCUGGUGGCCCCUCUUUUGACCAGACGAACAGUAUGUACAAUUCAGUGGAUCUCGCUCUCGCGCGAUGGAAACAAGCCUGGGACGAGGAUUUUUCUUUACAGUACCCACCAGACAAUGGUCAUCACACAGUUCCAAAGCGUCUUGGCUUCUGCCGAGAUGGCAUCCUUUUCUACUGGCUUGCUCGUGCCUUGAUGCAGCCCAACCGGAUUCAUGAUUGGCAGUUGCCUGCCGACCAACGACUCCAACAAGUUCUUCAUGGGCUGAAGAAGGCCCGAGCAUGGAGCAGCACUGAUUCGGCCAAAAGAGGCGAAGAGCCCGGCAGUGUAGCCUACAUUGACGAUGAUUAUGCUUCUGCAUCAGUGGAGCUGGACAUGAGGAAGUUAUUCCGUCCCCUGCAAACGAUCUACGACAGUCCAGCCCCAUCGGUCUAA